UUUAUAUCCUCCACUGGAACUUGUAAAGUCUAUCCAAUUUACCCUUCUUUUCAAUAACUAGAACCACACCACCACCACCACCACCACCACCAUCACAACUAUCACAAUGGAUCUCCAAGGAAACCCUCUCCCUCACGGCAAGCGCAGCACAAAGGUCACCAACGACCCCGCCGCCAGCCGUAACCCUAUUCACGAGCCCGCCGGUCCCGUACAGAGCGACUCUCUAGCCGCCGAAUCCGCCACGCACGGCGGCGGAUUCUCCCAGAACCGCGGCAUCCACACCAGCAGCAGCUCAACCACCCAACAGAGCACCCACCACACCACGAAGCUCCCGGCCGCGCCCGUUGGCGGCCUCCGCGAAGACCGCAACCGCCAAGAGAAGUACCCCGAAGCCCUCGGCGGCCAGGGCGACUUCCCCGGCGUUCACGGAUCCGGCUACGUCGGCGGUCCCACCGCCGCCAAACAGCAGCAAGCUGCUGCCGCCAGCGGAAGCGGGAGCGGAUACACGCACAUCGGUGGACAGGCCCCCUCGUAUGCCUCGGACGUGACGGGCCUGCCUGGUCAGGGCAAGCCUAAGGGCAAGAAUCUGCAUGAGGGCGGCUUUGAUGACGACCCGCGCCACAACGCGAGCUUUAACUCGGAGAUUGGAAACCAGAAUGACCCUUCCCGUGCUGCGGAGCAGACUUUCCAGAGCCGGGCUGCUGAGGGUGGGGUUGAGGUUGGCGGUGCGAGGCAGAAGAAUGUCGAUUCUCACCAUGGGGGGUUUGAGGCCCUUGAGCGGGAUCAGCGUGCUUAGACUGUUUGAUGGUUGUAUGAUUUGAUGAAAAGCUUAUGAGCGAUUGGUUUUUGUUUUUCAUUGUUUCUUUGGCUUCAGGCAGACCGCGUCUGGGUUUUGUGAUUGUAUAUUAGAAUAAUCAAAUCUUGGAAGCAACAAGCAACA